AUGGUACGAGUCUACGAAGAAACAUCGGGCCAAAAAUUGGACGGAGAUGAAAAUGAAACAGAAGGGCUUACUCCUUUUGAUGCCUGUAAAUAUCUUAUAGCGAAAAAGAUCAUGGCAACGAGAGAGAAAAUUAAACAACGAGACAACACGAAGGGAGGAGUUACUGUGAGAGCAAGGCUCAGCAAUGACUUGCGGAAGAUGAUAUCGGCCAUUAAGAACGACGACCUCCAAAAAAUUAUUAAGAUACAUGAGAAGAGCGCAAAGAAACGAUUCUUGAAGAAAGUGGACCCCGAACUCAUAAAAGCUCAAAAGAAUGAUAUAGAGCUUAUUAAAAAACAUAUAUUGGAACUUGAACUGCUGUCAAAGAGAAAAUACGACAAAGACAGUAAGAAAAAUCCAAAGGAGGAUACGACAACAUCUCACCUUCUUGAAGGGGCAGAUGAUCUCGAUAAUGAAAACAAAUCAAGUGGAGUCAUGGACGGUGUUGUUUUGGAGCAGAAUCUUCCUGAUGAUGCCACCAAGUCUCAACUUCCUACUAUUGAUAUUUCCCAAGCAAUGCUGAAGGUACAGGAUAUGCAAAAACAAAUUGAUCAAGGACUUGAUGUUUUCAGUAAGAAGCUGGACGAUCUUCAUCAAAUGUCGUUAGAUAUUGGGAACGAACUGAAUGAACAAAACAGACUUUUAGAACAGAUCGACAAGAAAGUCGAAGAAGAGGUUACCAAGCUCAAGAAUCUUAAUGCAAAAGUUGACAACGCUCUUGAUAAGGUCGGAGGAUCCAACAAAAUCAUGUGUAUUAUUUGCAUUGCCAUUAUUAUUGUGGUGUGCGCUGCUGCUGCAUUGAUCUUCCUAAUCUCCUAUUUUUGA